GAACAGCAGAGACCUUGCCGGUUCAUUCAUUCGCGGCAUUGACACCGAGACGCGAAACAGAAGAGUACCGGGAAGGCGAGGUUUAGGACCGGAUAGUGUGAGCGGGACAGAGCUGACUGUUCGCUGGCCGCGGCAGAGUUGGAUCCGGAUCUCUGUAUGCUGAUCGGGGGGUGGAAUCCUGCUGUUUGUGGAGGGAGUAGCUAGCUAGCUAGCUGGUUUAUCUAGAUAUCUAGUUACCAACACUAGGAUUUCAGUAGCUCAAGUUUCCUGGAUCAGUAAAACGCCUGAAUGAAAAGCACAGCGAGCAUGAUCAAGGAAAAUCGCUGGAAUAUUCCCCCGAAUGCACCCGCGUGCAUGGAAAAGCACCUUGACUCGGUCCAUUAUAGGCCAGAUGGCACCCUCUUGUUGGGGGCCUCCAGCCUGACUGGCAGAUGCUGGUUGGGCUCUAUUUGGGUGUACAAGGACCCAAGACAGUCACCCAACGAAGGGUAUUGCACAGCGGGGGUGCAGACAGAGGCCGGGGUCAGCGAGGCGAAGUGGCUGUCCGAGAGAGGCAUCCUGGUGGCAUCUGAUUCCGGUGCCGUGGAGCUGUGGGAGCUGGCGGAGGACGAGAGCCUGAUGGUCAACAAGUUCAGCCGCCACGAGCACGACGACAUCGUCACCAGCGUCAGCCCCACGGCCGGGGGAGGUCACGCGGCCAGCGGCAGCAUGGACUCGGGCAUCAAGAUGUGGGACCUUGCUCAGCAGACAGUAAUCAACACAUACAACGCUCACUCAAGCGCCGUCACCUGCGUUGCCUGCAGUCCCACAGAGGAGGCGCUGUUCCUCUCCGCUGGACAGGAUGGCCGCCUGCUGCUCUGGGACAGGAGGAAGCCCAAGCCUGCCUCCCGGUUAGAUGUGGUGUCGCCCAGUUGCCACCCCACCUCCAUAGCCUGGCACCCGCAGCAGGGCAGCACAUUCGCCUACGGUGACGAGCUGGGGCGGGUGACACUAAGGGAGCUCCAGGAGGGAGGGGGCACCCGGACACUGAAUGCCCACAGUCGUAGAAUCACCGGUCUGGCCUUCUCUACACACAGUGCCCCCCUUAUGGCCUCCGUCAGCGAUGACUGCUCUGUGCUGGUGCUGGAUGCAGAGUUCACAGAAAUCUUCCGAGACAGAAGACAUCAGGACUUUGUGAGAGAUGCGUGCUGGGUUCCUGGCGGCUCAGACACCCUCACCACAGUGGGUUGGGACCACCAGGUCCUCCAUCACAGUGUGGGACAGACCCCACCCACCUCUGCAGUUUCUGCCACACCCCCCUAAAGCCAGUUCUCAGAGAGGUGGGGGGAACCGGGGGGGGGGGUGUGUGGGGGCGGGCAAAAGAGGGCACCAGGCCCCAGAUGCAGGCACCCACACAGGAGUAGAGAACUGGCUAGUCUCAAGAUCAGGACAGGGGUACACAGCUCUGAUCAAGGUGCACUGGCACCCGGCAGUUUAUUUUUGGUUUUGUUUUUGAUCGAUUAAUCUAGCUUCAGAGCAGGAAGGCAAAGUCAUCUAAUCUGACAGCUGAUUAACGAGGCAGCAGUUUUGGGGGGGGGGUUGCUGAGGAAAACGGGAGCAAAGAGUUGCACAUUUGAUUCCCAGGUUAGGGGGGCACUGCCCCGGACAGUGGCACCUACCAAACAAGUAGUUAUUAUGGGAUGGAAUAAAGUGCAGAGGUGGACUGGGGUUGUGUGGCACUCUCCUGCACCAGGAUGUUUUUAUAGCCAGUGAGCCGUCUAAUGCUCCAGCUCAGGCCUUCCCCCCACCACAUUGUUGGCACACACAAGACCGGCUUGUGCCCUCUCUAGGCAACAAAGUGUGAAUUAGCGGCUACUGCACUAAUAAGAUUACAUUAGUGUGUUGAAUCGGGUCCAAAGGUGGUUUACUUUCUGGCUUACUCAGAGAGUUCAGCUAGCAUGAAAUCUGGUUGGCUGCAAUUCUUACCUGACUGGCAGCUGAGUGAGGGCAGAGCCGUAGCUACUGAUAUGGGUGAAUCAUCAGUGUUCAAAGGCCUCAUUUCUUCCUGCUUGCCACAGCCAAAACUGGUUUGUUUUCCUGAUUAGGCGCAUUGCCUCUGGGCCAAAUGACAGUCCCCAGCUGAGCAACUCAGCAGAUUGGAGGCGGCUGUUGUGGAUCUCCUCUAGUGAGAAAAACAGCACAGCACUUCGAUACCUCUCAAAGCAGUGGUAAUUUUCCCAACCUGGUCAGAGCAGUACCUCAGUCUCCAGAUGUCCCUCUGGCACUUACCUUCUUUUUAAUAUCAAGGUCAGUCCUCGCAAAAAUAAAACACUGUUCAAACGGUUUUGUUCAAAAGAUCUCCUCCACUCCCAGUUGUAUAUACAUGUCUGGUGUCUGUCCUUUCCGAGGCCUGGAGCCAGACGAUAACAUAAUCAAUUGUUUUCUUUAAUCUUCCCGUCCUCAAAUAAAGUUUGUAUCCACUA